GAAAUAGGUUUAAAAUAGCAGAUAUUUACCAGGAAGUUAAGUGAAAAUGUUCUAUGAAAUAUCGUUCAAAACACUAUAUUAUGUCUUUAUUAUUUUAGCUAUCGGUAUCGUACCAGAGGCUUAUCCAGAGAAUCUUCGGCUAGGAUAUGGGAAAAGGUCCAUAGGAUAUCAUGCUGACGGUGGCGUGUUGUAUCAUGGAAAUAAAUCUGGGGAGAAGGUUGGACCUAAAUGCAAUGUAGGUGACCGGAUAGGUUGCGGAAUCUCAUUCCAGAGGGCUGGGGGGAUGUGGGGGUUGUUUAGCCUAUAUGAUUAUUUUGCUGUAUUCACAAGAAACGGAAGAAUGAUUGGACAAAAAGUUAUAUGUACAGUAUCUUCACGAUUCCUUGCUGUUGGAAUGCAUUCAGCUGGAGAAAAAGUCAAAGUUAUACUUGAUGCAAAGAUGCCAGGGAUGUGAA